GCAGUUCAGCCUGAGAGCUGUUAGAUUCAGUGGACCUGGACUGAGACUGUCCCCUUCCUGCCAGCUCUGGGUGUCUUGGACUGUCAGUAAGGAUGGCUUUGUGAAUCUGAUGACCAUGUUCUGACCCUGCAUGGCUUCCCCAUUAACAGGAGAGCCUGAAGCAAAGAGCAAGUGAGGUGGGCAUCCAUGUACUACCUGAGUGUGACCGUAGCAAUUUUCUCCUGGUUUUUCAAAGCACUUGGCUGAGGUCUCUGAAGCUACAGAGCAUUCUCUGUAGCUGUGAAUAAGCUUUAGGAGGUUGUCCCCUGGGUCACAUUGUCUAGGGAGAGAGAGGAAACCUGCUGACUUCUGAGACAUCCACCUCCCUAUAGAGAGAUGGGAGAACUGACAUCCACAGAGGGGGAGACUCAAGUCUCGUCUUUGCGGAAUUGCUAGGACAAAGACUCAUCUGUGAGUUACUUCCUGAGCAUCCUUCAGUGGGUCAGGUUUGACUGAGAUGAGGUAAUGCCUAGGGCAGUACUGUGCUUUGACUUCUAGACUAGGGAAUUCCUGAGAUACUUAACUUUGUCUAACUUGGUUGUCAGGGUGAUAUAACAUCUGAAUGGACAUAGUUUACCUCACAUCACUCAUGUGUUCUUGGGUCCACCAAGUACCUUCCAGAGACCACAGUCCAGUCUUCUGAAGAAUUUGCCAUCCAGGCUGAACAUGGUGCUAGCUCCUCAUUUCAGUGCUGCCAGGAAAUUGACAAGUGUGAUGUGCGGCUCUGGAAAAGUCUAGAGUAAAGGACCCCUCGUAUGUCUCCUGUGUCCUUUGCCUGCCCUUCUCAUGCUCCCAUGAGUAUUCUUUAAGCUGGUUGUGCCCCCUUCCUUUUUCUUCACAGAUGGCUCCAGAUCAAGAAAUUAGUCUCUGUGUAGCACUAGGUGAAGCAACAUAGCGGUGACACACUACAUAUUGUCCCCAUGACUGUGACACAUUCGUCCUUUCAUAUCUGUGUCUGGUCUCUCACUAGCCAUUCAUCUUUCCUGAUACUUGAGUGCAGGAAUGGACCAUCACUCUUCCUAGGAGUGUUUGCUCUUGUGUCUCAGGGAUCACCUGCAGAGUCCCAGUUCUUACCAUCCAGCCUGACAUGUCACUAACUGAUUACACAUUUGCUAAUAUUGUGUUGGCUUGAAUUUAUUGUGCUGAUGAUUCAGGGAAAUAUUUCUCAUUAACUAAGGGACAUUUCCUUGUUUUGACAGGACACCCACAGACUCCUACCAUAUCCAUAUAUUGUAAACAGCCUUGUGAUUCCUGCACAAUGUUCUUGUUGACAUCAGGGGAUUAAACUUUCCUGCUCACCAUUCUGACUUAAUUCCCUAGCAACAUUUUUUUUCUCAUGUUAUUGAUUACAGAUAUCAAGAAGGGCCCAGUCAUUGCCUGAGAUGUAUUUUGAAGUCAGUCUUCAACUUCCCAUACAUGAAGUAGUGAAAAUAUUCUAAUGAAACAGAAAGAGAUGUCUGGCUUUGUAAGGAGGAGGUGCUGAAGGUCUUCCCUUGUGUUUCUGGGAAGGCUGCUGGGAAGGGCAACAUGGCUUUUGAUGAACUGCUGAAGAGCUAGUUAAAGGAUAAGUGAGGACUGCCGGGGGUGACCCUAAUCAUCCCUUCCAUGGAGAUUCUAUUCUAUCAUGGAGAGUGCUUGGUGUUCUCUGUGAUGUCACCAGUGUUGUGGCAACACCAAUGACUGUGGGUUAUUCCUUCAGUUCCCAUGGACAUGUUGGCAAGACUGAGCAGGCUGCUUGGGAGAGAGAAUGGAGAACAUGGAGAGACCAGAGAGAGGCAGAAGGAAGCUGGCCUUUGGUCUCAGUGUAAAACCUGGAGAAAUAAAUGGUUCUGGGAAAGGCACAGUAAGUCCAGAGCAAGGGACAAGACGCUUCCUGGAGGAGGUGAACUUGAGCUGAUAUUUCUAGUAGUGUAGCUCAGCAGCUGGGAGUUUCUGGGUAGUAAUGGGCCAGUCCAGCUUGUCUGGCUUUCUAAAGAGCAGACCCAGAUUCAAGAGUUUCUAAAGGUUAGUUUAGGAGAGCCAUGAUUUGUCCAGUUUGCAGCUGCUUUUCUGGGAAUUCCUUCAGUUCCUUCUGACUGAGAAAGAGGAUUGGGAAUAACAAAUGGACCACUGAGCUGUCCCUCUCUGGGUAGGGCGUUGCUGCACUUCAUCCUAGUGGAUUCCUUCAGUUUCCAUGGAAAUCUGAUGCCAAUAGGAAGGGAGGGAAACCACCUUGUCCACAUAGCACAUCUGUAGAUGUUUUGGUCCUGGACACAUGUGAUCAGGACUUGGUGCUGCUAAUCUCUAGGGGCAACAGGCCUUGCUUGCAUCACAUCAGAUGGUAGCUGAAACUGUCCUCCAAUUCUACUUGGCUGGGCUUGCUUAUGCCUUCCAGGGCCAGGGUACUGCAUUAGGGAGAGAGGCACAUAAUUAUCCACAGUGGUUGAGGACAGAGACAGAGAUCAGUGGGCAGAGUUUGAGCAUAGCUUUCCUGCUGUUUGGAAGGUUCACUGGGUCCCUAGCAUUCAUUCCCUUAGGGUUCUUCUUGGGACUCAGCAUGGUCUCUCCUGGCCCUUGCCAUUCAAGAAUACAAGUUAAUUUGUCUUUAUCUACCUGCAGGGACUACUGGAGAGGCACCAUCCCAACUCUCCACCUUUACUGAGCAGGAACAGGAUCAAGAAAUGAAAAAAAUCGAAAAACUCACCAUUCGCUUACAUGACAAGGAAUGUGAAAGAAACAAGCUUUGUGGUAUCCUAGCCAAUUAUACUUGCAAGGAUUUGAACAACAGGCUGAACUUUGAAACAGAGAUGCUUGAAAUGGAACACAAGCAGGUGAUGUCGGCUUUCCAGAAAAUGCCCAUGGAGAUUAUUGAAGCCUUGGACAAGUGCAAGGGGCUGAUGGAGGAGACUGAAUACUUUAGUUACCUCAAUGGCCAGAUCCUACCAGAGUGUAAUCAGCUAAGGAACAAUGUCCAUCUGUUGAGACAUCAGAACAUACUGCUGUGGAAGGAGCAGAUUGAAGAGCAAGAGACCUGUGAGAAGUUGAAGAAGCUCUUAAAGGAGGCCCAUGAGAAGAUGUGUGACCCCUGUGCUGAGCAGCAUCAGGAGCAAGAAAGGCUGGAUGAAAGACUGAAGGGCCUGCUGAAUCAGAAGGAGCUGGUCACCCAGCAAAGGGACUUGGCAGAAAAGCUGCAACAUCACUUCAGUGUCUAUGAGAUGAGGUCAGAAAAUCUCCAGCAUGACCUAGAACAUGUCACAGCCCAGGAUGAGAGCCUCCUGCAGACAGAGCUGCUGCAGCAGGAGCAGGAAGUAUCACAGGCAAGUGAGCCACCACUGCAUUCCAACGUGUGCAACCAUGGCAUUCAUGGGAACUGGGGGCUCUUGACAUUGGCUUCCAGUGUGAAUAGGCCCUGAUUUUGUCUAGCCUGUGGCCCAGCCAGGAUGCCUCUGGGACUGAUUGCCUUUCCUUCUCACACAACAGCUUUGAGAGAACUGAGGAGGCCAAAGAAGCCACAGACCACUUGAACCCAUGGCGUUCUCCACCCUAGGAUGGAAGCCUCCUCAGAAGAAUAUGCACUACAAAGUCCCAUGGGGCAUGGCUAUACUUGCUUUGAAAAGGUCUUUUACAUUUGCGCCUGCCUUCCUACCAUGUAUCCAAGGCCAGCCACAGGCUGUUGACUGUGCCUCAAAGUGUUGCAUGAUUAACCUAACCUUUUAAUCUUUUAAUCUAGCAAGCUGCUUAGCAUAAUUUUUUGUUUGUUGUUUUGUUCGGUUUUGUUUGCUUUGGGUUUUUUGGUUUUCUUUGUUAUAGUUUAAGGUUUUGAAUUCAUUUGUUGUUUCUUUGGUUCUUGUUGUUUGGUAUUUUGAUAAAAUUAUUUACUGGUUAUAUUGUGUGCCUAUAAUCCAUUAUUGAGUAAAAUGAUUGUAUCUUUAUUAAGAAAAAUGUGAUUCCACACUCUUCACUCUUAUGACCUAAAAUGUGGUCAUAUACACAAUGGAAUACUACUCAGCAGAGAAAAACAAUGACAUCAUGAGGUUUGCAGGCAAAUGGAUGGA